GGAGAAUAAUUCUAGUGGAACCUGGUUCCUGGUGUUUGGUUUUACGGCGACUGUGUGAUUUUGGUUUAGCAUUUUCCAUCCCUUGCCUUAUCUGCGUUUUGCAAUUAUCAAUUGUCUGCAACAGCCGUAGAAGAGUUCAACUUAUGAAUCUCCGUUCUCCGUUGAAACAGAGCAGAUGGAAGUAGAUAGUACACCGCCUUUGAAGAAGCAGAAAUUAAUGGAGAAUGAUUCAAGUAAUGGCAGCUCAAAUGUUGUUGAUGCGGUGGCCCCUGACGAGGAGGACUUUGUGCCAUGUACCCCAAAUGAGGAGAUUUAUGACGAGCCUCAAAUGCAGGUUGCCGGUACAUCUGAAUGCCACCCACUUUCACAAACAUCCUCAUCCUCAAGCGUUGAAAAACAGGAUUCCUCCAUGAGCACCCCUGAAAAAAAUGAACCUGGCAGUUUUACAUUAGAUGACUUAAUACCGGAAUCACCAACAACUUCUUUGCCUCCUGUUGUAAAUGACAGAAAUCACUUUGUCUUCUUUGAAUUACCGUGGGACAAUAAUUGUUCCCCAAAGCCAAGAACAGCACCAUUUGAUCAUCCAGUACAGCGCUUUGUUGAACUUCCAUGCUUUACUGCUGAAGGAAAAUUAAACGAAAAGCUUGACCAUUGGGAGAGAAUUGAAAAAGCCCUAAGCAAGCAGAUUAAGAAUUGGGAUGAUUUGCGUUCUGCCAUCCACACUUGUAGUAAAAAACAAUUUAAGUGUGACUUGCUGUAUCAAUUCCUAUAUGGAAAAUGGGAAAGCAGUUAUGUGGAGGAUGAAACUGAAACGUUUUUUGAUGUCAUCUUGCCAAAGAUUCAAAUAUUAGCCCUGAAGCUACCAAAACUGAUUACUCAGCCAAUUCCCCUUUUGAGAAGUGGACAGUCCAUCAGUUUGACUCAAAUGCAAGUGGCGAGCAUUUUGGCAAAUGCAUUCUUCUGCACAUUCAAGCCAAGAGAUAGAUAUAAAUGCAACAUGCCUGUAAUAAAUUUUGAGGGGCUGUAUCAUCUCCCGUCGAGAGACAAAAAUUUUGUGCAAUGCAACAUGGAAAAGCUGAAAUGCUUCAUCACCUACUUUCGCAGAAUACAUCUGGAAAAGAAAAUUCCAACAGGUGUUGUCACUUAUCAUCGGCAAGCUGUCCAAAAUUUUCCUAAGUGGCACAAAUCUGACAAGCCAAUCAAGCGUCUUCAUGUUAGCAAGGAAGGCACUAUUGAAGACGAUGGAAUAUUUAUGCUGCAGGUGGACUUUGCUAACAAGUUCCUGGGAGGAGGUGUUUUGACUGAAGGCUGUGUUCAAGAAGAGAUCCGCUUUACUAUUUGCCCAGAACUAAUUGCAGGUUGUCUCUUCAAUACUGCAAUGAAAAGCAACGAGGCGAUAAUUAUUUGUGGUGCUGAGCAGUUUAACAAGUACAAAGGGUAUGGAUCCUCGUUUGAGUGGGCUGGCAGUUUCAUAGAUAAAACCCCAAGAGACGAUAGUGGACGGAGAUGUGUUUCGGUAGUUGCCAUCGACGCCAUACCUUUUUACAGCAAAAAAAGUCGUCAGUAUUUAAAAGAAAACAAGGACAGAGAGUUGAACAAAGCUUAUGCUGGAUUCCUAGUGCAUACGAAUGCUGAGCCAAUUCCUGUUGCAAGUGGCAAUUGGGGAUGUGGAGUUUUUGGGGGAGACCCUCGACUUAAAGCUAUCCUACAGCUCCUGGCUGCCUCGGAGUGUGAAAGGGACCUAGUUUAUUUCACCUUUCGAGACAAAAGUUUGGUUGAGCGCCUUACUGAAGUGCAUCAGCUGCUUAUUGAAAAAAAGGCAACUGUUGGAAAUGUUUAUAAAGAACUUCUUGGUUACGAGCACAAUGCAGGCAAAGGAGAUGUGCUGAGUUUUCUGAAAAGAAAAUUUUCCCAGUCUGAAUCAGUCAAAACUAUUUUACCAUCAGUAGAAAAUUCGCCGGAAGAAAAGUUUACCAGUGAGGAUGCAGAUUAUCAGGAUGAAAUUUCCCCCAAAACAAAACCAAAGGAAGAUUCUGGGUCGCACCUGGAGGCUACUUCAAGAUUAGGAGGAAAAGGUGUGAUUCCUGAAACGGACGAAGAAACCUCUGACAGUGAAAACCAAAGUCAAUUAAAUUUGGAUGUCACCAAACAAGCAGAAGGAAUCAUAAAUGAGCAAUCAGAGCACGACCUAAUACAAUCUGAAGACUUUGACAGCUCAAACUCAAAUGUUGACAAACCAACAGAACCAAAACAAACACAAUUAAGUGCAACCAGUGAGGAGCAAGGCUUAGAUACAGAGUCAUGUGAAGAUGGUGGAGGGAAAACUUCAACACCCUCGUCUUCUCCCAAAGCCGCAACUGAUAGUAAAAGGCAAUCUCUUAUUUCUUCAUUCUUCAAGAAGGCUUAACUGACAUUUGGCCUUUUUAAAAGUGCUCCGCAGGAAAAAAAAAGAGUUAUCUGCCUCUUAAUGAGUACGUGAUGCUUGUAAAUAAUUUCUCAAUUGUGCAACAGGAACACAAUGAAAGCAAAUGCUGAUUGAUUCAAUUCAUUUUAUUUUACAUUGAUCAAAUAAUAAACUUGUAUUUUUUUAUUUUAAAAGGUAAUAAAAAAAAAAAACGUUUUAAGAUUAAAAA